AUGUACACCAUUACGCUGAAGGACAACUACAUCGCACCGGAUGCUCAAGCCAGACAGUCCUAUAUCGAUGUUCAUGAGCAUCGAGUCACGCCUUGGAAUACUAUUCUGGCCCCGGUGGCCAACAUCACCCAGAAGGACUUGACGAGCAUUGGCGGCAAGCCGGAUCAGUAUAUGGUCGAUUGUUUGUUCUAUGAGAUCGACGUUGCGACCAAUGACAUUCUCUUCUCGUGGAGUGCUCUUGACCGCGUCCCCAUUGCACUUUCAACGGCAGGUAUUGAAGGUUAUGGGACCCAUCAAAAGCCAUUUGAUCCCUACCGUCUCAAUACAAUCACUCCAGCCAAGCAAGGCUAUGUGAUAUCUCUGCAGCACUGUUCUUCUACUUUCUAUCACAAUAAAGAUUGUUCAAUCCGAUGGCAGCUUUCCAGUAUCGAUGGUGGCGACUUUCAACUCAACUACGUCGGCUUUUCCAGGCAAAGCCACGUGCGUAUUUACAACGAGACGGACGACAGCUUUUUCCUCAGCCUUUUCGGCAGUGUAAAGCGCCGCGGAAAAACUGACAUGUCAUCUGCGCUGAUCCUAAACGUUGACCUCGUUAAUUACCAGGCCACGCCGUUGCGCAAAGUAUCCGAUCCAAACGAUCCGGUAUACUCUCCCAACCCGGGAAGUCUCCAGGUGCUGGGUCCGAAGACUUCGCAGCCUCAUUUGUUUGUCGGUUAUGAAGACGUUCCCAAGUUGAAAGAAUACGACGGAGAAGGCAAUGCUGUUCUCACUGCACAAUUUGGUGAGUUUGAACUACAAUCCUAUCAUGGUUAUAAGUUCCAAUGGAGAGCUACUCCCUCUUGGAAACCUGCUGUUGUUGUCCAUCGUGCAUCGGACAAAACUGUCGAGGUGUAUAUGAGUUGGAAUGGUGCCACCGAGUAUGCACUGGGCGAUUUACUCUGCUUCACCGUUGAACAAGACCACUCACCUUGCCUCCUAUAA